CAGUUGUAGAAAAACGGACGCUUCUUCCCCAGGCGGAUAAUUGGAAAACGGUAAAGUCAACGAGGUCUUAUUGCUACUUUGGUAGAGACUAAGAUGUAAAACACGAUCUAUAUUGGUGCUUGACACAGAUCUGUUAUUAUGGACAAUGCAAAUGUAUCGGUGAUAGAAAAAGCAGAGGCGCAUGUAAGGAAGAAGAGGAGAGGUUGCUGGCUUGAAUUGUUUGUUUAGAGUUAACAGGGAAUGUAUAUGUGCACUUGUGGUCACACAAACACAAAAAUUAUGGAACUGCAUAACUUUAGCAAUACGUCAAUCGCACAAACAUUCGUCAUCACCAUUCUCAUUGUUGCCGUAUUCCUCUGCACAAAAACGACGUAUGACAGCCUCAGAAAGCGCUGGGCACAAGUGACGAUCGUCGUGGUAGGGGCGGGUCCAGUGGGUCUGAUAUCAGUUCUGAUCGCUGCAGCCACUGGGAAAUGUACUCGUAUAAUCGUCUAUGAGAGUAAAUCUCGGCAUGAACUUCUCAGUCGAAGGUACCAGAUCGGCAUUGACUCCCGAAGUGUGCUUUUUCUACAGCAGCUUGGUGUAGACUUUGAUAACAUUGAGGGAUGUUGGCAAAUGAAGAAGUUCUACACAAGGACUAAUGUGUUUCAACAGUACAUCUUGGAUAAUCUUUACAAGUAUGAGAGCCUCAUUCAAGUCAAACUAAGCACAAAGUUCACUCGAGAAUGCCUCGCAGACAUCGGUACCAGGGUAGUCGUCGUGGCAGCGGAUGGUCCAGGCGGUCAAACUGCAAGCUGCCUCGGUCAAAGUGAGGAAUACAUCCACCAAUCUUGCAGGGCGUACGGGGCUGUUGCCAUGUUGGAACGUAAAGACGAAGCAACCAUUCCGGCCCCUGAGAUUCGAGUUCACAAUCUCACAUUUGAUCUCAGUGCCUAUGGAGCUGAACUGAAUGAGGUUACCUAUCCACAGACAUUCCAUUUUAAAAUAUUCGGUAGCCUCCGGAAUCGUUACUUAUCCCUAGUGGUUCCAAAGUGUGAUUCCAAGGUGGUCAAAGCGCUCAAGUCUGGCUUAGAACAAUCAUUACUAAGGAACAUAUUCCAAGCCUGCUUCAAUACAUACAAAAGUGAAAACGAGAGUAGAUUGUCAGAUAAAGCCUGCUUAAAAUUGCUCAAGUUCAGUCCUAGGCUGGCUGAUAUCAAACUUUCCCACCGUUUGGAAACAGUCAUGUAUCUUGAGGAGCCAAAUGUGUUCGUCACAGUAGAAGGAGAGGCUGCUAGGACGCUCAAUUUUCACUCAGGACUGGAUGUCAACUUAGGUAUACAAGGUCUGGAGUCACUAGGACAAUUUAUCAAUAUGGCUGCCAGUGCGGACACAGAGACAUCUAUCCUAGAUGCUUUAAUUAUGAAAUCUCAACACAGUCGCCAGGUGGCGCAACAGUUCAUAAAGACUGGAAUACACAACACAAUGUUUUCAUAGCAACACAUGUGAUAUUGACACAAUAGUUCCAUAGCAUGUGAUACAAUGUUUUCAUUUCAACACAAUAAUGUCAUGUUGACAUGAUGACUCCUUAGUAAUACACAACAUUGAAAUAACAACAAUAUUAUCAUAGCAACAUGAUGUUUCCAUAGUGAUACAAUUUUCUCACAGCGACACAAAGUGAGUCAGUGUUUUCAUGACUAAUAGUGUCCUCACAAUAAUUCUCCUGGUCAUAUACAAAGGCCUGACCAAAUUACAUUUAAGUGUUUUAUAUGCUGCAUAAGCAAUAUUAAGCAUACAUGUAGUUUGUGUUCUGCAUGAAACUUAAAAACAUUAUGAAAAAUUCAGAAGAAUUUCGAUUAAUAAAGAAAAUUGCAUUUACAAGAAUGUGUAUUGAAUUACCUGUCACCGUGACACCAAGAAUACCCGAGUUGAUUUCAUCUUUAAGUCUUUGAAUUUGCAUUUUUUCCAAAUGGGUACUUAUUACAUCAUGGAUAAUUAUAAAACUGAAACAUAAGUUGAUCAGUAGUGGUUGAGUGGGUGUUUUUCAUUUAGUAGUUCUGUUGAAAUGAAUUGAGUUUCAACAUUCAGUACACUUGCUAUUACAGUAUUAUCCUGAUUCAUUGUAAAUGUGAUAGGCCAAGUGGAUGUUGAAAUCUUUAAUCAAAUCCUCAGACAAAU